GCCGGGACUCCUCGGAUUUGUCGGCCCGGCGGGGGAGGCUCCGCCCCCCAGGUGAAGUCCGGCGCGAUCACGUGAAGGUGGCGCGCGCCAGGAGACAGGAGCAGCAGGUGCGGAGCGCGGAGCCAUGAAGCACUAUGAGGUGGAGAUCCUGGAUGCCAAGACGCGUGAGAAGCUCUGCUUCCUCGACAAGGUAGAGCCCAAUGCCACCAUCGCUGAGAUCAAGACGCUCUUCACCAAGUCCCAUCCCCAGUGGUACCCGGCUAGACAGUCCCUGCGUCUGGACCCCAAGGGCAAGUCUUUAAAGGAUGAAGAUGUGCUGCAGAACCUGCCUGUGGGCACAACAGCCACCCUCUACUUCCGGGACCUGGGCGCCCAGAUCAGCUGGGUGACGGUGUUCCUGACAGAAUACGCGGGGCCCUUGCUCAUCUACCUGCUCUUCUACUUCCGUGUGCCCUUCAUCUAUGGCCCCAAGUACGACUUCACCUCCAGCCGCCACUCAGUCGUCCACCUGGCCUGCAUCUGCCACUCGUUCCACUAUGUGAAGCGCCUGCUGGAGACGCUGUUUGUGCACCGCUUCUCCCAUGGCACCAUGCCCCUGCGCAAUAUCUUCAAGAACUGCACCUACUACUGGGGCUUUGCUGCCUGGAUGGCCUAUUACAUCAACCACCCCCUCUACACCCCGCCUGCCUAUGGAGAGGAUCAGGUGAAACUGGCACUCAUCAUCUUCCUGUUCUGCCAGUUGGGGAACUUCUCCAUCCAUAUUGCCCUGCGUAACCUGCGGCCAGCUGGCUCCAAGACACGGAAGAUCCCAUACCCAACCAAGAACCCCUUCACCUGGCUCUUCCUGCUUGUGUCCUGCCCCAAUUACACCUAUGAGGUCGGCUCCUGGAUUGGCUUCACCAUCAUGACACAGUGUCUCCCAGUGGCACUGUUCUCGCUGGUGGGCUUUGUGCAGAUGACAAUCUGGGCCAAGGGGAAGCACCGCAGCUAUCUGAAGGAGUUCCGUGACUACCCUGCCCUGCGCUCGCCCAUCGUCCCCUUCCUGCUCUGAGCUGCUGCCAACGCCUCCCUGCCUCCACCCAGGUCCCUGCGGCUGCCCCCCCAUCUUCUCCAGACUACAGCCCCUGCCCCUCCUGUCCUAUGCUGGGGGAGAUAAACACCCUGGGACUGAUGGGAGGCACCUGCCCUGGACCUGGAUCCCAGAUCCUUCAGCUCCAGCCAGGCUGGGGGGAGUUGUCACCCCUUGGGUGUGCAGUGCCCCUGCUGGCUGCCUGGCAUCCUCCACACUGGAAAGCUCCUGGGAGACCCCUACCCUCCUUGUGCUGGGGGAGCCCCAGAACUAGCUCAGCCCUUCCCCAGUGCCUUCUGGGGCUGGUGAGGGGCUUGUAGAUAAAGCAGAGAGUCCCAAGGGCACCACUACACCAAGUGGGGAGCUUGUGAGGGAGAGAAGAGUCUCAGGCAGCCCCAUUCAUCUUAAGCACAGCAGUGCUUCCCUUCCUUACUGAGGCCUGCCUUUCCCCCAAGGGGUGACUGCUGGAGUCAGGGAGCAGAUGGGCUAAUGCUGCCCCCCCCCCCACAAGGCAGCAGCUACAGUGUAAUGUCACCCUUGGAGAAGGGGAAGUUCCUGCCCUGUGUGGUUGGCUCUGGCCUUGUCUCUGACCCUGGGCCCAGGCAGUGCUGAGGUCAGUGUGUCCCAUGUAUCCCCCUCCAUACAUCUGGCCUGUGCCCCUGGUCAGUCUUAGCUGCAGCCACCUGUAAGUGGAAGCAGGGGCGGACCCAGGGGAAUAAAUGAGCCAAUGACUCUGG